AUGCAGACCUCAGGACCUGAGCAUGAUGACUCUUUUGAUUUGCUGUUUAAGAUCAUCCUGAUUGGAGACUCUAACGUAGGAAAGACCUGCUUGGUUCAGAAUUUUAAGUCAGGGAUUUUCUCAGAGAAACAGCAAAACACCAUCGGAGUGGAUUUCACUGUACGGACCGUGGAUAUCGAUGGGAAGAAAGUUAAGAUGCAGGUGUGGGACACGGCAGGUCAGGAGAGGUUCCGUACGAUCACCCAGAGCUACUACCGCAGCGCUCACGGCGCCAUCAUCACCUAUGACAUCACGCGACGCCCAACCUUUGACUCAGUGGCUCACUGGAUCAAAGAGGUGGAGCUCUAUGGAGCAACCAGUGUAGUGCUGGUUCUCAUAGGUAACAAAUGUGACCUGGAGCAGGAACGUCAGGUUCGGUUUGAGGAAGCCUGCAAUCUGGCAAAGGAGAGAGAUGCACUAGCUGCUCUAGAAACAUCUGCAAAGGAGAGUCAGAAUGUGGAAGAAGCUUUCACCUUGAUGGCCAGAGAGCUGAUGUCUCGUAAUGGCCUCAAUGUCCAGCAGGGGGACUCAGAGAGCCACAGCACACCUCGAGUUCUUCUCCGGGCCAACUCUCGGCCGGUUAACGACAUAGCUGCCUACACAUCACCAGAGAAGAAGACAUGUUGUUGA